AUGAUAGAGGAAAGAAGAGGAGCUCCCUAUGGAAUACUACUCGCCGUCGUGGUGGUGGUGUUGAUCGGAAUCCCUAUGUUCCUAGGCGACGGAGGUGAAGCCGUGACAGAGUUCAUAGCCGAGCUUCUCAGCCCAUUAGGUCUCUUACUCCUUCCCAUCGUCCUCCUGUUACUCAUUCAAUAUCUCUCCUCCGAUUCUGGAUCUUUCGUCUCCAACAUCUUCUCCACCGGUGAACCUAACUCUAUCCACCGUGCCAGUGGAUCUCCGGUCGGCGUCGGACUUGUCCUCCUCCUCGUAAUCUUCCUUCUUUACAACAAGUUCUCCAUCUUCGGCGGCGAUGAAGAUUCCGACGAGUAG